AUGCACGGACACACGAACAUACGGACACAGGGACACAUAGCCCUGUCUGUAGCAGUAGCAGAUGAAGUAUUCGCCGUGGACAAGUGCUGGCUCGCGGGCUCGGGCCCCCGAGAAGCUGCCGCGAGGCCGUAUCGCUGCCGCAAGUGUCGCCGAGCCUUCUGCUGGAAGCACAGCCUCGUGAGGCACGAGAACUCGGUGUGCGGGUCGAGCCUGCACCUCGGCUGCCCCUUCUGCAGCUACGUGGCGAGUCGCAGAGACACGCUCCUCAGACACGUGACCUUGAUGCACCCGGAAUUGGCCGCGCCUCGGGACGACUCCUCGGGACACUCGCGAGCGGAGCCGGACGCCUACUACGAGGACACCGGCACGUCACCUCCGCGCCCCGUGCUUGCAGGGCGGCCUGGGGACGGGCGGUACGCCUGCGGGGGCUGCCACAAGGUGUACCGCUACAAGAGGACGCUGCAGCGCCACCGCAAGCACGAGUGCGGGCGUCCCCCGCGGCUCCAGUGCCCCGACUGCCCCUACGUGUGCCGCUACCGCACGGACCUGCUCAAGCACAUGGCCCGGCGGCACGGCUACCUGCCGGGCUGGCCCGGAGCGCUCCGCGCCGCCCUGGCCGAGGCGGAGAUCGUUUAG